CCGCUAAAGUGAAGAAACAAAAGAAUGAUCGAAUUCGCCAGACCGUUGCAGAACAUUCUGCGCGUCAAGCAGGUGAACUCUACCGAUCUCAUAUGGCGGCUGCACUGCCGGGCGACGGUGUAUUUGCUGUUGGUGGCGUCCCUACUUCUAUCGGCCCGGCAAUAUUUUGGCAAUCCGAUCGACUGCGUGAUCGGCGGUGGGGCGGUACCUGGCUCGACAAUGAACGAAUUUUGCUGGAUCAUGGGCACGUACAUUAGCAGCGAUCCUAACUUCGCACUGGAUAGCACCGAUUUGGUGAAGAUCAACGCCAAGAUUGGACACAUUCCGGAGAGUGAACGAUCGUACCAGAAAUACUACCAGUGGGUCGUGUUCAUACUAGCGCUACAGGCCGGCAUGUUCUCGUUGCCCAACUUCCUUUGGAAGGCUUGGGAAGCGGGCCGUCUGCAAUCACUUUGCGAUGGAUUGACUUCACCUAUCGUGCCGGAUGAUUGGCAAAAAUCGCGCAAGAAGCAACUGAUCGCCCUUUUCGUGGCCGAUUUUCCCCGGCUACACCGGACGUACCUGCUCCGUUAUUGCUUCUGCACACUGCUGAACUUCUGCAACGUGCUGCUAAACAUUUUCCUCCUAAAUCUCAUCUUUUCCGGCUUCUGGACAAACUAUCAUCCCGCCGUAACCGCACUACUAUCGUUCGAUUUUCCCUCCUGGAAUCGGUACAAUUCGCAAGUGUUUCCGAAAAUCGCCAAGUGUGAUUUUCACUUCAUCGGACCGAGCGGUUCCAAGCAGAAUCGCGACGGGCUCUGCCUGUUGUCGCUGAAUGUGGUGAAUGAGAAGAUUUUCGCCUUCCUUUGGCUAUGGUUUUUGAUGCUGUUGGCGAUAUCGGCACUGAACCUGCUCUACUGGGUGGUGGUGCUGUGUAGCAAGAGUUUUCGGCUGUGGCUAGUGGCAGCUCCACUGUACCCGAUCCGUUCGACGGUCGUGUCCCGUGCGCUGGAAGGGCAGGAAAUUGGCAAGUGGUUCCUGCUGCAUCAGCUGUGCCGCAAUCUUAAUCCCAUCAUCAGUCGGGAACUGUUGAUGAGUAUGUCGAAAGUCAAAACGGCCAACAAUCGUAAAUCGUACCGAAUGGCAAAGACGGGCGGCGAACCGGACUUUUACGAUGAUCCCGAAGGCUUCGCCGAAGAGGACGUAUAACGG